GCAGCUACAAUGACAAUUACUUCUGAGGGAAACAUGCUGUCGGACGAGUGCCCUGCGAAUGAUUUUUUUCCUCGCUUUGAGUUUGAGAGUCUCUUGAGUGCAUCCACUUCCUACACAACUUGAAAGCACUCGUCAAACAAGAUGGACAAGCGCCACUGUUCCGUCUUCUGCGUUGCAACACUCUCGUCAUCCUGGUUCUGCAUCUCCCUAAGGCGAGUUCGUUGACCUGGCCGCGGGAGGUUCUGCUGACCGUUACAUCAAGCCAAAACUGGAAGCCGCCAAGGUUUUGUAUUCUGGGAGCGCUAUUAAAUCCUAAAACCCCGUCUGCCCGGGCCCGGCCCCGGUAGCCCUUUGACCAGGAGGUCAAGGAGAACUCUUCCACCUGUACCAAAAAGAACAUCAACAUCACAACCACCUCCGCCUAGUCCAAGAUCAACAUGCCGGACCGCGACGAGAAGAAGCCUUCCAUCCCUAAAUUGGAGCCCCUCGCCUUCCAUGACAGUAAGGAUCAUCUCGGGAACGAUACCUGGGGCACCGCACUCACGCCCGCGAACUCGGCCCGCGCCGCCUCGAUCGCGGCCGCGCCCGAAUCUGAGCCCGGGUCCGCGUUGCUUGCCCCGCCCAGCUCCGGCGUGCAGUCGAGCAGCAACGAAAACAAAGAGCAGCGGGAGAGCGUGAAAACGCUCAUUGAGCCCAUCCUCACCGAGUAUUGCCGCGUGUCGCACGGCAUCCGGCUCUGGCACUCCGGGUCGCGGAACCGGGCGGUGGCGCGCGGGGCCAAGGUCACGUCCGUGGAAAAUGUGCUGUUUUCCGGGAUAUGAAAUGCAAAUAUUUCUGGGUCUGGAAGACUGCAAGAUUUGUGAUGCAGGUUUUCCAUGACCCAUGAGGUCCGGAAUGCGACACCCAGCAUGACAGAUUCUUUGAGGUCUCUAUCAUGCCUUUCCUGCGUGAGAAAUUCUCUCUCAACUUGGUCAAAAGCGGACAGCUUUUGGCACUCACGCAACACAGAUUUUUUCAUCAUUCAGAUUUAGCAUGAGAAGUUCUAAUCUCUCAGACCCAGACAUAUUUGCAAUGCACACGGGAUUCCCCUGCUUUACUUUCACCACGAAAAAGACGCCUUCGAGAAAAGAUUUCUGCAACUGGACCCGGGGUUCAACUUUCUCUACCUCUUGCAGCAGAAGCACAAGCCACGCACGGUGGACUCCUACGUAAACGCUUCCGGGAACGCGCCGACCUUUGACAUGGACCGGGAAAGGCAAAUCAACGACAGUACCACAAUCAAGAUCCGGCUGGACACGGUGGGACAGAUUUUGUUUGUAUGGGAGUGUCAGGAUUGAAAUCGUCAGAGUUGAAAUGAUUUGCCAUGCAUAAAAUGCAAGGCAUGAAGUGCCUGUCUUGCCGGGAUGGCAAGUGAGGCAGAUUGUGAGCCUAUUUAGGGUUUGGGAUAGAGCUGCUACAGAAGCAUGACAAAAGCACUCUUCUGUGCCCAAACAGCAUGACAAACUGGAUGUAGACGGUUGCGAAAUUUGUCAUGCACCGCUUGGAAAUUGGGCUUCCAACUGGUAUCGAUUUUAUGCAUUACAAGUUUUUUCAACGUUGUCAAUUUCAAUCCUGACACUCGCAUAGUUCGGGGAAAAAGCCUACAAACUGGCAAAAGAUAACUUCAUGGUACGGGACCCGAGGGUCACGCUCAAAGACCUCACGAUACUGGUAUAAAAAUGUGAAUUUUGAUUUUCCUCUGCAGUUUUCAUUUCAAGGUCAAGACGUGUAUUCUACUCACUGUUCUUGGUGAUGGUGUUUUGGAAACGCCACUAGCCGAUUUGAUCUAUCUCCAAAAACAUCUUCAAGGUGAAGCGCGAGGAGAAGAAAGCUCUGAAGAAGCAAGCUGCGCAACUAGCAGAUGAGGAGGGUAUGGCGAAACCGGAACGAAUCCUGAAGAUCGAGGAGUGCACGGUGCUGCUUACCGCACCACAACAGCACCUGCGGCGCUGCUUGACGCUGGCAAUCGCGAAAAAUCCGGGGCAGUCAAGGAAACAUGGUAAAAGCUCUAUGUAUAGGUAGAAGCGACCACAAAUAGUUCGUUUUGCCAUAUAAUUCGGGCUUUUGCUCCUGAUGCUGAGCAUUCCAUUCGAAUUCGUAUUCGCGCAUUUUUAGGAUCGGGCACCAGGCACACGACAGCUGUGGCUGCAACUCUUGUUUACAACCCAAGAAACCGACAAAAUACAUAACCUCAGUCGCUGCGGCCUCCAUUAUCACCUCUUCCGUCCGUAACCGUUUGCUUCGGAAACGGGUCGCCAUGCGGCUGAAAGUGAUUGACCACAUGCAAAUCAUGGAGAAGCCCCGCCUCGCGUUUUUCCCCCCACCAAACACGCUGGACAAAAAUUGCCAAAUCGCGUGGCUCGCCGAUUUCCGCGCGCCGAACGGAAGCUUGACCAGACAGAACCAGGUGAAUCUCCAGUACCUCUUUCGCAUCAGCCAGUUGAUAGACACGCAGACCAUGAACUCCAUCCCCGGGCGGGAGGCGGUACAGGCAACUCUGCGCGACCAGGAGAUCGCUGCGUGUACCGCGAGUGUGAACCAGAUGGGCAUGGAAAUUGACGAUUUGCGGUACGUCCGUGGCUUGGUGAAGAGAAGUAGCAACGCGCUGGAAAUUGUCUGUUCGAAAGCGCUGCUGGCAAAACCGAUCCUGGAGCAGCCAUCCGCACUAGGAGUCAGAGCCCGGACCAGGACAAGGUCCCGAGGAGAGGAGAGCCCGAACAACCAGGAGGAAAUGACCGAAGAGGUGCUUUCUCGCAAUUUGACCGUGGAACGGCAAACGUCCGGGGUGGCACUGUCGGGAACGGAAUCACCGUCGCCACCCUCGGGCUCGCUGGAAAUCUCGAGCGUGGUCCCUCGAGCGACGUCUUUGGGCCAAGAUGACACAUCAGAGCUGCGUGAGGUAAGUAGUCUUUCCCAAAGCAUAGACUUCCCCGUGGCGAAACACCCCGAGUUGCUGAAACAGCUCGAGCAGGCGGACCUUUAUUUCAUCCAGAAAAACUUGCGGAAGCUGAAGCACAUUGAGUCCGAAGACGCGAGCAAGUGGACAUUGAAGUACUUACGGGAGGAGGACGAGACUGCGUACAACGUGAAAAGUAGAACUGCUGCGCAAGAAGAACUACAAGCUCCAGGGGCGGGCACCAGUCCAGGUACUACAACCGGCGGGGAUGGAGCAGAAGCAGGGCCAGGGGCUGGAGUUGCACGACCGACGGCAGAUGUAGUCCCUGGUGAGGACCACGGCGGGCAAGACCUCCCUCCUACGGAGCGCUCGCACCACUCCGGAGGCUCCUCCGCGCGGCAGAGCAAGGCGGAAUUCGCCGGGCCGCGGCUGUAUCUGCCGGACCGGCUGCGGGAGCGGGAAACGCUGAGCGAGCAGUAUUUCAACGUGCCAAUGGCCUACAAAACAGCGCGGUCGCUGCAAGUCGCGGCUUUGUUUUGCGCAGAAUUGGACCAGCGGUUGGAACGGCUUGUCAACGGCGACAUGAGCUAUGGAACUGAGGAGGAUGUUGGGUUUUUUGGAGCAGUUGGAGGAGGAGGUGCUGUAGCUUCUGCGCGAAAUAAUAUGGACUCCGGUCGGGGGCAGGAGGGCGAAGCGGCUCCGGGAGGAAGUGCUGCGGGGGUCGAGACCGGGGAAGAUGGGAAGGGGGAUGUGGAGCGAGAAAGUUCGUCGGUUCGAAGUAAGGCGUUCGCGCAGUCGUACUUGGGGCAGGCGCUGAGCUCUUGCACAUCUAGGUCGGGCGGGAAUUGAAGAGGAUGUAUACAAGAUGAAGCAUCAACGAGGAUGUUAUUCAUUGACGCACACAACUCCAAUUCUGAACGAAGCUGGAAACUACAACUUCUCAGAAAUCUUUCGUUUGUCGUUGUGGCAGCUGACUUCGAUGGACGGCGCUGUCGUGUGUUCGGUUUUCAAACUUCAACGUCG